UACCAGCAGAAAAGUUCAAGUCAAUUCAGUCUGCUCCAGAAAGCCAGAAGAGGCAGCAUCAAAUUAGAACCCAGUUUAUUUUUCAGUAUCUAUUCGCUCGACCAGCCUUCGUCAGACCAGAUCAAUCACAAUGUCCAACGACCGCCGUCGCAACCUCGGUCCAUCCUCCUCUGCACCACCAAUCUACCAGAAGGACAUCCACACUCUCGAAUCACAGCUAAAGGCUCUGGAGCAAAAAGAUUCCCAAUCCUCAGAACCUCAAAAAAUCUUCCUCAAAACCUCCCUCCUAACAAAACCAAACGGCUCCUCCUACCUCGAACUCCACGUCCCCUCAACUUCAACCCCAACAAAACUCCUCUGCGCAAUCUACGGCCCCAGACCAACCCCCCGCUCAACACCCUACUCCCCAACCGCAACCCUCACCCUCGACCUCUCCUUCUCCCCCUUCAGCACCCGCACAAGAUCUCUUCCCCACCUCCGUUCCCCCCUCGAACGCACCUGCGCAAAACGCAUCGAGGAUUCAAUCCGGUCCGCGAUCCGUGCGGAACUCUACCCAAAAACACAAAUCGAGAUUUUUGUGUGUGUACUCGAAGCGCCGCUCUCCGGUGAUGAAGCAGAUGCAGAGGGUGUCUGGUCCGCGGCCGUAAACGCCGUUGGAGCGGCUCUUGUGGAUGCAGGGAUUGAGAUGCGGGAUAUCCCUUCCGCUGCCUCGUGUGAUGGUUUAUCACUCGCUACACUCCUCGCCACUGGUGAAAUAACCGAGUUGUCGUCGAAAGGAAAGAUCGAUAUCGGUGAUUGGGAUAAACGUGUUGAAGAGUGUUUGAGGAAGGCGGCGGAGGUUAGAGGGGUCGUUAAUGCUGUUUUGAGACGGGAUGUGGAGAGGAGACGGGAGGAGGGUGAUGGGAUGGAGUUUUAGGGGGUGUAGUGAUGAACCCGAGAAGAUUGCGGGGCAGAAGGGUUGACUAUUAUGCCGUUACGCA